GUAAAUGAUGAAAUUUUCAAUAUUUGUCACCAUUAAAUAUGUCCUAAUAGUUGUUUGGUUAUACAACACUUUGUAGGCUCCUUCAUGGUCGAAACUUAUAAAUAGGUUUCAACCACUUUCGCUUUCCUUCUUGGGGCCAAAUAAGUGAAUAAAAGUCACAUGUGUGCAUGUACCUACUAUGAUAUUUAUUAAAAUGAAGAAUUUUAUUGUGUGUACGAUAAUAGCAAUUCUGUUGCUUCCCAACCCAUCUAGGAGUGAUCCGUUGACCCUAGUGAGGGAUUUGGUGCAGUUCAAUGUGGCCGGACAUCCGGUUUUGCACAAAGAGGUGGAGUGGCCCUUCGAUCCGGAAGUGGGUAUCAGACGUUCCAGACAGUAUCAGGAAUUGAACGGACCAUUGGGCGAAUGGGCCAUAGAACGAUUGGGCUUGGGUAUAGACGGUUACGAUCGCGAAAGAUUGGCGAAACAACGUGCCCGAGACGAGGGACAUUUGAACGGGAUCGAUUAUUUGACACCUUAAUUUUUUUUAUUUAUCGUUCUGUUCCUAGAGAUAGUUUAGGUCAUUUUGUAUAUAUUUAUAUAUAUUUUUCAAGCAUUUAGGUUAAGUAGAGGUUUAGUAGGUUAAGUAUGUAGUUUGGUACUAAUAAAGUCAUUUAUUAUUA